AUGCAACAGAUGACAGAGGAACCAUACCACUACUUACAAAAGAAAGUAGAGUCAAUUCUAGAGGAGCUCAUUUCAGAACUAAACGAGAAUGUCUCAGAGUUCAAAGAAAUUUCCAAGAAGGUCUACGAGGUAGAAGAGGUUAUCCUGCACAGCAGAGGAAAAUACAUAAAAGUAAGCAAAGAGGUUGAAGAGGAGCUAAAAAGACAGAAUGAAAUCGAAAAGGUUUUGGAAUACUUUGAGGCCGAGAUAGAUAAGCUAAAGCAGAAGUUACAGUCAGCAGACAGUUCCAAUGGUACAGAGAAGAGGCCAAACUACUCGUCAAUCGGAGACAUUUCAUCUCUAAUUAUUGAAUUUAACGAGCUUGUCUCUCUCUUAGACUUAGGAAUACCAAAUAAAAUAAAUAUUCUUCUGAAUAAGAAUAUCAACUUAAUAAACCAAAUAGAAGAAGAAACGGACAAAGCCAUUUUGAAAGCCAAGAAGAAGCCUUCAGAAUCUAACUCUACCAGUAAAUAAACAACCCA